UUAAAAAAUAAAAAAAUUACUCAGAGAGACUCGACAGCCGGACUGCUGGGAGUGGCGUCCUCCACUGUUCUCUGGAAAAGUCUCGAAUGUGGACCAAGCCUGCCGAGUCGCAUAAAGGAGACAGAACCGCGAGAAAAAGCGCGUUUUUCAGAAAUAAGUUUCAUCUUUCCAAGAUCUCUGUCUACGUACUCUUCAAACAUUUUCAAAGGUCUCUCAGCUUCUGUUGUUUUUCUCCUCGCCUUUCGAGGGCGGCGGAGUCCCAGCUGUUUGUGGGGCAAGAAAGUCGUCGGGGAAACGGCGACUUCUCUGUCGGGGAAUUUUCUUUUCUGGAAGAACUUUUCGCAGCUUCCUGUUUCGUCUUUACUUCUGGGGGAAGAAAAGUUGCGGCUCGGUGAACUGGCGCGGAAACACACUUUUUCUUCGACAGAGAACUCGCAAAAUGGCCAGCGCGUCAAUGCCAGGCUCACCUCCCUUCCUCGACUCUUCUGCGCCGAGUGCGGGCGAAGGCAACGCCAUGGAAUCCCACUUGAACUUCCUUCUUUGCAUCGACUUCUCGCCUGUCUUGCACACAGAUGACCUCAGCGACCUCACUCGGCAGAACGCGCAGUCCAUGGUGGCGCAGCUCUGCGCUCUGCCUCACGAAACGACAGACGACGGUCUUCUCGUCGCGCUUCCGCCUCCCGCGAAAAAUUCGACGUUCAAGCUUCCCCGCAUGCAUCCAGCGCCUGCAGCGAAGAAACUGACAAGAUGGGAGGCGUUCGCGAAGGAGAAAGGCAUCCAGAAGCGCAAGCGCAGCCGACUGGUUUGGGAUGCCAACACCAAGGACUGGGUUCCGCGCUGGGGACACAAGGGCAUCCAGCAGAUGAACGCGCUGGCCGAGGCGGUGAUCGAAGACAAGGACGGCGAGUACGUCGGUCGCCGCGGCAGAGACCGCGGAGUGAAGAAGCUCGGGAAACGCUCGAAGGACGCGCAGAAGCGUCGCACGUCUCAGCAGGUCGAAUGCCCCUUUGAAGCGAAGGCCAAGGAGAAGAAGCUGCGACAGGCGAAGCAGAAACUCCGAGAACUCCGAAACACCCUGGAAGCUGACACCGACAGACGACUGCCGCCCGGCGUCCUCGCGACCCUCGCCGCCGGCGGCGAAGCUGCAGCGGAACGGAGAGGCAGGGCCGCAGGACUCAGACAUCGCCGGCAAACCAAGGAAGAGCUGAAGGAGGUCAUGAGGAGGGCGCAGACGUCCACUGCGUCGUUUGGUCAGUUCGACCGCCUGGCGAAGAAUGAGAAGAGAGAAAAGCAAAAGACGAGAACCAAGGGCGUGUCACUGUCUCUUGACGACGAACGUAGCAAGUACCGGCGACAUUUGAAGAACAUUCUGUCGGCUGCCGAGUCUGCAGACGUCUAGGUUUUCGUCAAACUGUCAAGCUGUGCAUUGCCGUCCUCGACCGUUCCGUUGUUCGCGACGAAGGCGUCUCUGAUAGUAGUCUUUCGGAACUCCAGGCUCACCAAAUGUUCAGACACCCAGUUGCGGGUGGCCGUCGCGGCAAGCGGCGGCAGCCGCGCGGGGAGCUUUUCCUGUCUGUGGAAAUCAGGUCCCGAGCCUCUCUGCUCGCGCUUGGUCGAGAGCGCGUCUCCAGAGGGGUCGAGCUCUCUCUCUUCGCGGCGGAAGCGAAGUCCAAAGGUGAACUUCCUUUGUCGGUCGCCUGCCCUCUGGCGCGUCAAUCGAUGACCUUGCUCUUGUGGGACUGUGGCGACGGAGUCGGAGCAGGCGAUGAGAGAGAAGCCAGUUUUGCGAGCGUUCUGCGUUAAACUCAAGCGAAAGGGAUCAACUUCUGCGAACAGAGUUGAACUGGCCCGUACUGAAACCGACACAAGAGCGG